AUACACUCGGAAUAACUUUUCUGAUAUUAAUGAUUCGUUGAAUUAAAAAAUCACGUAUCUGAUUUAAAGUUUAGGUUAGCUCGGUGCACCUUUGUCCCUUUUAACAUAUGAUAAUCUGUCGUCUCACGUGGUUACAUGAUAAAUUUUGAAUAUUUUCAAGCGCCAUCUAAUUGUUGCCGGUUGUAAACAUUUUUAAGUUUCAAAAAUAAAGUGCCUUCAUUCAUACGUCGUUCGUACCCACUACAGAGAGCACUGAAGUUUAUAGAAGUUAUUAAUUAAUUUAAUAUAAUAUUACGUCCAGCUUGAAAACUAUUCGGAGUAUACGAUUUGAAAGUGAAACAUAUUGUGUAUCCUACUCGUAUGUGAUUCACAACUGACACAUCGGAUUUCAACAUCUUUAUAAUCUUACAAUUAGUCUUCCUAACAAUAAGUGCGCGAGUGCGACGUAGUUAGUCUCAUUGACUGAAGAUUUGAAAGUCUGAUUCAAAAAGAAAGUUACAAUGGAGAACCGCAUACCGCAAACAUAUGUUCUAAUACCAGAUAGUGGGCCUUCUACAGCUUCAAAAGAUUCUGAUCUUCCAGUAUGGAAAGAAUCUUACCCUCAGAUUACUGGAGCAUUCCUCGUUCAUAUGCUCUGCAUUCAAGCUGGAAUAAACAUGGCAUUUUCUGCGAUACUUGUACCCCAGUUAAGGAAAGAAAAUAGUAGUAUAAAACUAGAGACUUGGGAAGAGGCUCUAAUCGCAAGUCUGGUUACUAUAUCAUUACCAAUUGGUUCGCUGUUAUGUGGACCUUUAAUGGAUAGAUACGGACGAAAAAAUGUCAGCUUAUGUAUCUGCAUACCAUAUCUGACAUCUUGGAUUAUGAUAUUUUGGGCAUACGAUGUAGUGUGGUUGUAUGCUGCUAGAGCUUUAGCUGGUGCAGCAGGAGGGCUUUCAAGUGUCGCAAUAUUUUACACUUCCGAAAUAGCUCAUCCAGUAUGGCGACCGAUGCUCCUCGGUUUAAAUUCUCUCUUUGUAUCUUUCGGAAUUUUAUUAACGGCGGUGUUCGGCCUGUUUUUUCACUGGAGAACGAUAGCUGUUAUAUUCGGGAUUCUCAGUGCGUUAAUUUUCGUGCUAAUUACGACAUUACCUGAGAGUCCCCACUGGCUAUUGUCGUUCAAGAACGGAACACAAGAUUUACGCAGAGUUCAGUUGGCUAGAAAAUCGUUGCGAUGGUUUAUUCGUAAUGAUGUAGUGAGUAUACCUUCGCUUCGACACGAGUUACCGGCUCAAUUUGUAAUUGUAUUUCUUUUUUUUUUUUCUCAUCUUCAGAAAGCCGAAAGAGAGCUGAAUAAUUUAUUGACUAUUUACCGAGCCAGGGCCGUGAAUAGCACAGUAAAUGAGACGUUUAGACAAAAGUUACGUAGUUUCCAGAAACCAGAGAUUUGGAAACCCAUCGUACUGCUGCUCGUGGUAUUCUUCUUCCAGCAAAAUUCCGGCUCCUACGUUAUCAUAUUCUACGCUGUAACUUUGUUUGCCGAGUUGGGUGGACAAUUUGGUUUCGUGGACGAGUACGGCGCCAUGGCGUUACUCGGAGUAAUUCGUUUUGUUAUGGCCGCUGUCGCGUUGCUACUCUCCAGGAGAUACGGGAGGCGAACGUUGAUGAUGGUCAGCGGCUUUGGGAUGGGUGCGACGAUAUUGGUCGCCUCAGCUUUAAUGCAAUUUAUGCAAUCCGACAACAGGAUUCCGGUCCUAAUUUUCGUUCUCUUGUUCGUCUGCUUUGCUGCAAUCGGUUGGCAGAUCAUACCUUGGGCAUUAACAGGUGAAAUGUUACCCACCAGAAUCAAAGCGUUGGUCGGAGGUAUUCUGAUAAGUUACACCUAUGUGCUGAUGUUCGGAGUCGUGCAAACUUUUCCUCUUUUGAUAAACCUCAUCCAUGCGAAAGGUGCUUUCCUGUCAUUCUCAGUAUUUUCGCUCGCAGGUACGGCGUUAGUUUGGAAAUGUUUACCAGAAACAUUCGGUAAAACUUUGGUGGAAAUCGAACAAGCUUUCAAGUAACGUUACGAUCAAAAAAAUCUGUUCCUCUUUUUCACAACUGUCACAGAUAUAGCCUCGCAUGAUUUUUCAUUCCUCGCAAUUACAUACUCGCCUUGUACUUAUUCCCAGUGAUUUUCUUCCCUUGUUAUCACUUAUCAAUAUUCUCGAUCCUUUUUAUUAUCAUAUAUGUUAUUCAGCUUGUGAGUUUGACGUAUCCUUAUACUCAACAGUAUAACCGUGGCUUUAGGUAAUGUAUAUAUUAGUUCUUUGGUUAUUUGGAUAUUUUGAAAUGUUUAUUCAUCAGAAAUUUUCGGAAGUGGAUUUUCCGUUUGUUCAAUUGAUAAAAUUCAAGAUCAAAUUUCGCUAUCGACGAUGUUACAAAUUUAUUGGAAAAAUUUUUUGUAAACGACUUCCAUGUCAAAAUUUAUACGAAUUGUUAAUAAAGAAAAAACCUAUAAACAU